AUGAUCGCGCUCAUCUCUGUGCUCUUUGCGUUCUUGGCUCCACAGAGCACAGCGCUCAUCUCUGGCGAUUUGAAUUGCACGAGCUACAACGGAUCGCAUGUGAGUAUCGGGAAUUUGUUAAUGCAAGACUCUGACUGAAAAUGAGUACCGUUUCAGUUCGUGUACUCUCCGUCGGCGGUCGCCUGCUCGAAUAUCAUCUCGGACGCCUCUUGCGCGGUCCUCUACCCGGCUCCAGUCACAGCCGACGGCUUUCCGACUGCUGGAGGGCUCUCCGAAAGACCGCUCGCCUGCUACACCACCGCGACAGCCACCCCUGCCGCUGUCAUCCAGGACAUGAAGACCGCCUCGUUGUCCACGUGCCCAAAGACUUGCGGACUUUGUUGCCAGACCGACGCCUACAGCUGCAGGAAUGUUGACUGUGAGUAAUCUCGAUUCUAGAGUAGGUGUAUGUCCGAUUUUCAGAUCCUCGCCUCAACUGCGCCACGAUCACCUCCUCCCAAUGUAAUUCUGUCGCGUGGCGUACGAUCAUCGCCGCCGACUGCCCAUCCGCUUGCGGAUUCUGCGGAUCCGGCGGAUGCGUCGACGCCGUCACCAACUGCGGAAACGACUUGAGCAUCUGCCGAACUGUCGGACUUCAAGACUUUGUGAACACGUACUGCCAGAGAACGUGCGGAAGAUGUCCGUCGUCUACCUCUUCCUCCUCCUCCACCACCGCUUCUUCCUCUUCUUCCUGCACAUCCUACACCGCCGACAGCUCGACGCACUGCUCCGCCUGGGCCACCAACGGCUUCUGCUCCAACACCUUCUACACGUAUGCUCAGCGCAAGGCUAGAUGCGCCACCACUUGCAAACUUUGCUAA